AUGUCCACCGACACAGUCCUCCCCGAGAGGAAACGAAAACACAAGAACAAAGAACACGAACCGUCCAAAAAGCGCAAAAAUGCCGCUACAACAACAACAGCCUCGGACGACGUUGCAGCAGCGAUACCCUCGACACCAAAGCAGAAUAAUACAGAAAAGACCCGACAAAUCGUUUCGAUCACUGAUGUAACGAAGCAAGAUGCUAGCUCACCAUUCCGCCUCAUCAAUGCGACCAUGUACGUACCGCUUUCGCCUAUAUCGAUUUCUCCGACGCAUGCCUCCGCUUCACUUAUCGCGGAACACUUGGCGCCACUACUCUUGACGUACUACCCCCCAUUCCAGGGCAUUGUGUUGGCGUACUCCAAUGGCUCGAUUUCGGAAACUCCGCCUGUGCCCGGCCAAAUCCAUAGCUCUUCGUCGCAGCCUGAUUUCGAUAAUCCGAAGCCACUGACACUUGCGCUGACUGCUAAUGAGUACGGGGUUCUUUACCUAUAUCUCACUGCGACAUUCUUGGUAUUCAGUCCGCAAAAGGGCCAGGUUCUGGAAGGAUGGGUUAAUGUUCAAUCUGAGGGGUUCGUGGGUGCUAUUGCGCAUAACCUGUUCUCUGUGGGUAUUGAGAGGAAACGAGUGCCCAAAUCGUGGAAAUGGAUUCCGCCGGGUGCGGAUGAUGACGACGUCGAAAAUGCGGCUAGUGAUAAGAAGAAGGGAUAUGUAUCUGCGACGUCGGGUGAUGAGGAUGGUGCUGCUGGUAGCAACAAACUAGCCUUUGACGCUGAAAAGGAACAUUUCACGCCUCUGCCUAAGAAAGUUAGUCGCCAACCUAUCAACCUGCCCGACUCGGAUACGAAUAUGUUCGGAGAAGAAUUUGGUGAAUAUGAUGAGGAGGAAGAUGACGAAGCGUCGAAUGCGACGGGUUACUUCCAGAGUGUCUCUGGGCAUCGUGUUCGCGGGACGAUUCGUUUCCGUGUUCGGGAUGUAGAUGUAAUCCCUGGCGCGGAUCCAGAUCGUGGGUUUUUGAGUAUAGAGGGCACUAUGCUUACGCCGGAGGAAGAAGCAAAACUGGAAGAGGAAGAGCGCAAUGGGCCCCUGCCAGCUUCUAGACAGCGUGAUCCUUAUGCCAUGACUGGUGCAGCGGCUCAGCCUGUUUCGCAUGCUCAGACUUCGCAAGUUGAAGUUGCAGAGGUGCAAUUGCCAGAGACAACAACGACACCAGCAACGGCAAAGUCGGGAUUCAAAGACGAGAAGAAGAAAGAAAAGAAGGAAAAGAAAAAGAGUAAGGACAAAUCAAAGUCCAAAACAUUGGAAGUUAUAGAAUUAUAG